AAAGACGCAAAAAAGUGUUUUCCUAAGACGACUAAUUAAGGAUGCACUGGUUAUUGUUCCAAAAUAUAGGCCUGCUGGUUUGUUUCCACAGCUUCAUAUCAGCCUUUACACUGGAAACUAGAAAUCUUAUAUUCGAUGAAUACUAUGAGUAUGUGCCUGAUCGCCUGGAAUGGAAAGAUGCAAAGGAACUGUGUAACCAGCGCUCUGGGGCCUUAGCCACUGUCUCCAGCUCAGUAGAGAUACAAGAGCUUACCAGCUUUUUAUCAUCCUUGAACAUCUCUCAUCCUGUGUGGAUUGCCAGGAAAGUCAAGACACAUCCAACAAGUUCCUCUGAGACCCUGAUCCUGGAGUUCAGUGGGCGCUCGGACAGGAAUGCCCGUCUCCUGCACAAGUUCCCCUCCAUGGACUCAGUGACUGUUUGCACCCGUCUUUGCUUUGAUCCAAAUAGCUUUGGAAUUUCCACAAUUUUUUCUUAUUCCAUCCCGUCAUAUAUAAAUGAGUUCCAGCUCCGCGCGAACCUGAGCCAAGGCAAGCCUGUGCAGCUGGCUCUGCUGGUUCAUGGCAUUCAUGGACCAUACCAAGAAGCCUUCAAGCACGAUGACUCCUGGCACUCGGUGUGCGUUUCUUGGAGCCAGAUUGGUGGACACUGGGCUAUAUUCAUUGAUGGCCGGGCGGACUCUAGUGGAGAUGGCCUAAAUUCUGACAAGAUUGGCCCUGAUGGACAUUUCAUUAUGGGACAGGAGCAGGAGACCUUUGGAGGUCCAUUUAAGAAGGAUGAAUCAUUCUCAGGGAGCAUCACAGAGCUGCACAUAUGGGAUCGGGUGCUGAGCAGCAGCGAAAUCGACACUAUGGAAAAGCAGUGUUCACCCAUUUCCUCUGGGCUGGUGUUCAAGUGGAAUGAAGCAGCCAUGGAAAUAGCGACCUCCCUUACCAAGCUGCGGAGAGACGUCCCAUGUCAGAUCCCAGGAAACUUUACAGUGACGGACAUUUCGUUCUUGGAUUCCCUCAAAGACGGAAAUUCUUUGCAGAAUCAAACAUUCAACGUUGAGUUGUUCCAAAGUAUGGAGCUUGAUGAGGAUUGUGAUGUAUUUAACCCUUCCAGUAUGAGCUCGGGCCGAGCCAAGUGUAAAGCGCCCAACAGUGCCGUCUGCCACCAUAAGAAAGAAGUGCUGGCUGUUAUCAGUGUACCAAAGACCCCAUUCUUCAGUAGAUUGAACAAAGAUCUUCUCAUCAAACCUGUGAUGGAGGAAAUCAUGGUGAGUGGUAACAGCUCCUGGGACAGAGAGCUGGCCCUGCUGCAGCAGCUUACCCAGGCUGUUCUGCAAGAGGUGGAGGAGGGAGGCUCUCACCUCCUCACCUCCAGUGAUGUCCUUUACCUCACCCAGAUGAUUGAGAAGGACCUGACUGCACUGGCUGGUUCUCACUCUGCUGGAUCUGAUGCAGCAGAAGUCAUGGUGUCCAUCGCUACCAACUACCUUAAGGUGGCCAGUUCGAUGCUGGAGCCCGACAUGGCUACACAGUGGAUGGGCUUCACAGAGGACGGGGUCGGCGUGGGACCAUUUACUAUUGUGCAGAGCAUUGACAGUCUCACUGAAACUCUUGCAAAAAGUCUAUCUGCUGAGAAAAGAGGCUUCACUCUUUCUACCAAGAACAUAGAUGUUUGCCUGACGUGGCAGAAGCUGACUGAAGAGAGCCUUAGUCAAGUCUUCAAGCCAUCUGCAGUCAGCUCUCACACAGCUGGCAGCAGUAGUCAGGAUGAGUUGCUUAUUCCUGACACUGAGCUCCACAGGAUACACGCUCUGGGAUAUGAGGAAGUGAUGUUUAUUCAUACCCACUACCGCCAUCUGAGUGAGAUUGUGUCUGAAACACAGGAGCCAUCACAGAGUCACCAGGAGAAAGUAAAAAGAAUUCUCCCCGGUCACCUGGCUUCUGUUGUCAUAUCAGCCACCGUGCGCGAUGCCUCCAAAGGCCAAACCAUCCCUGUGGCCGUCAAGUACACCCUUUCCUCAUCACAUGUGGUGGAGUAUUCACUGAGAGUUAGUCCCGUUUGUGCCUUUUGGAAUUUCAGCUUGAUGCAUAAUCAAACCAGUAGCUGGUCCAGUGAUGGUUGCAUGGUCACCUUUGCUGGCUCCGGGGUUACUUCCUGUCUCUGUAACCACACCACCAACUUUGCAGUGCUGAUGAAUUACUUGGAGUCCAAGUGGAGUCCUGAGGAAGAGCUUAUUUUGACCAAGCUGACGUUCAUCGGCGCGGGUGCAUCUCUGUGUGCACUGCUGGUCACCUUGAUGCUGUUCACUGUGCUGGAUAUUCCCAAAUCUGACAGGACGUCCAUCCAUAAGAACCUGUUCAUUGCUCUGAUCUGCGCCCAGGUCAUCCUGCUCUGCAGCGGCUCUGCCAUCCACAACAAGGUGGCGUGUACACUUGUGGCAGCACUGCUCCAUCUCUUCUUCAUGGCAGCCUUUAGCUGGAUGCUGGUGGAGGGACUGCUGCUCUGGAGCAAGGUGGUUGCGGUCAACCUAAGCGAGGAGCGACACAUGAAGUAUUACUAUCUCAUCGGCUGGGGUCUGCCGGUGCUGAUAGUCACCAUCACGCUUGCAUCAGCCUCAGGCAAAUACUCAGCCGACGGCUACUGUUGGCUCAGUGUCCAGAAUGGCGUUAUAUGGGGCUUUGCUGGACCUGUCAUCUUCAUCAUCAUGGUGAAUAUCUUGGUGCUGACCCGGGUGGUGGUCAUCACCAUCUCCACAGCCAAGAGAAGGUCCAUCAUGUUGGCCAUGGGCACCAGUCCUGUAGAACAAGCCUAUGAGCAAAUCAGGGCUGCAGUGAAAGCCAUAUUGGUGUUGCUGCCUAUCCUCGGAUUGACAUGGCUGUGUGGUGUCUUGGUGCCUUUCUCCAUUGUUAUGGCCUACAUCUUCAUCCUUCUAAACUCCCUGCAGGGCCUGUUCAUCUUCCUGAUAUAUGGGGUGUACAACACAGAGGUUCGGAGCACGGUCAACAGGAUCAAGGAGAGGAGAAAGGCGCUUAAUUUUUCAAACUGCGCCAGUUCCCGACCGUCCAGCUCAGUUACCAGCUCUCGUCCUGUCAGUUUCCCGCUAGGAACUACCCCAAGCCAAGAGGAGGAGGCCACCCCUACCCAGUACCACACUAGCAGCAACACCCCCAGCCCGGGGAAGGAGGAAGACAGGACCAGAGGUCAGCUGUCCAUUCCUUGUGUUCCAGAGAGACUAGAGAGUCCCUUGAGCCAAACUUCCAAAGGCCAUUAUGUGCACAGAAAGGAGCCUGGUUCCUCAGAGGGGGAUGCCCUGCCGGCUGGUUGUAGUCUUCAUGUUCCCAUGGAGCUGGAGUUUACCGCCUCCUGUUUCCCCCGAAGUCCUGCGACUCAGAAAAGCUAUGGCCUCGUCCAAGUGGACUGACCUGGCUGGUGACUGUGAUUGAAGUUUCAUUUUUUUGUAUCAAAGCUGGUGAAUUGUUUUCCUUGUAUUAUAGCUAUUUUCUCACUUAUGAUCCCUGUAGAGAUGCAGCCCAUCUGUGUUUGUAUCAGUGCAUACUGUACCUUUGUACUGUUUGUAACUAUUUUCAGUUUUCUAGGGCUUUUUUUGCUUUAAACAUUGUUCUUUUUUUAAGAUGCGUUGCAUAAUAAUGUGAGCUAAAGGCCUCAAUUAUAACUUUAAUCUAAAAUGUGUCAAUUAAAAGUUUAUUGUUUUUUGCAUUUCUUAUGCUUGUAUUAUUUUUCAUGGCUUCACUUGCUGCUUGUUAGAGUGUUACUGUAUAUCGUCCAGUAAAGUGUGCAGUAGAACUGCAUUCAGAUACAUAAACUGAGUAAUGGGCCCUAUUUGUAACCAGUCAGUGUGAGAUGUCAGUCAGAUUGAGUCUUUAUGAUAUGCCAUUCCUUUUUCUCUCCCCUGCUUUCCUGUCACUCUACUCUCAAACUAUUAAAUAAAGUGGUAUGAAAAAAUGACAACAAUAGGCACUUUCACACCAAGUACUUUGCCGUACUUAGUUCCCAGUACUUA